CAUCUAGUUGUUGUUAUCUCCACACAAAAAAAUGAGGAACCUAAUUAGUUCUCUCGAACUCUCAUCUCUUACACUUGAAGACCCAUGGCCUGCUUUCUAGCCAAUUUUUUCAGGAGAAUCUUUUUUUUAAUCUUUGUUUCUUCAUCAUCUUUAUAAACGUUUUCUUAAAAUCAUGGGGACUGGAGAGAAAACCCUGAAAAGCUUCCAUUUACAUCGCAAACAAACGGUCAAAACUAAAAAUGUUCCAAAAGGAUGCUUAGCCAUCAAAGUUGGAUCUCAAGCAGAAGAGCAACAGAGAUUUGUAGUUCCUAUUUGGUAUUUUAAUCAUCCAUUGUUCAUGCAGCUCUUGAAAGAAGCAGAAGAUGAGUAUGGAUUCGAUCAAAAGGGCACCAUCACGAUUCCUUGCCAUGUGGCGGAGUUUCGUUACGUUCAAGCUUUGAUUGAUGGAGAGAGAUCUGUUUAUCAUGGUAUUAAGAGCCAUGAUCAUAGACAUAACGGUCGUGACCAGUAUAAUCCUCUUGUUGGAUGUUUCAGAGCGUGAUGGAUGAUGAUAGAUGAUGGAAUGACGAUGGUGAAUGAAUCAUUGUAUGUUUUUUUAAAGUUUCAAUACUUUCUCUUAGUCAAUCUUGUGGAGUUGAGGAGCCUAAACGGGCCUAACCCAAGAAUGAAGUGAAUUUUCUGUUUUUUUUUUUCAUAUCGAUUAUAAUAUAUUUUCUGUAAUUUGUAGAGAAUUUUAUGUGAAAUGAAGUUAAUUUCUAU